UUCCUCAGUCAGCCACUGCUGACAUGACACCUGAGAAGAAAAUGGAGCUCCUCCUCCUCCAUCUCUGCCUACUCUCUCUUCUCCUACUCUCAUCAACACCCAUCUCUGCAGAAGAAGAAGAAGACUCAUCACCCAUAAUCUCAAGGUUCCAAAAAUACCUCCAAAUCAACACGGCCCAUCCUAAGCCCCUGUACCAGGAAGCAGCCGAUUUCAUCCUCUCCGAGGCCAACUCCCUCUCCCUCGAUUCCCAGACCCUCGAGUUCGUCCCCGGCAAGCCCCUCGUCCUCCUCAAAUGGCCCGGCUCCGACCCUUCUCUCCCCUCCAUCCUCCUCAACUCCCACACCGACGUCGUCCCGGCCGAGCACGACAAGUGGGCCCACCAUCCCUUCUCGGCCCACGUCGACCCGAGUGGGAAAAUCUACGCCAGAGGCUCCCAGGACAUGAAGUGCGUCGGGCUUCAGUACCUGGAGGCCAUUCGACGGCUUAAGGCUUCUGGGUUUAAGCCCACUCGGACUGUUUACUUGUCUUUCGUUCCUGAUGAGGAGGUCGGUGGCCAUGAUGGCGCUGAGAAGUUUGCUGAAUCUGAUGUUUUCAAAGCCUUGAACGUUGGGAUAGUUCUCGAUGAAGGGUUGGCCUCGCCGAGUGAGCAUUAUAGGGCUUUCUAUGCGGAGAGGUGCCCGUGGUGGUUGAUCAUCAAGGCUACUGGAGCUCCUGGACAUGGGGCUAAGCUGUAUGACAAUACUGCUAUGGAGAAUCUAUUGAAGAGCAUUGAGAGUGUGAGGAGGUUCCGUGCUUCGCAGUUUGAUUUGGUGAAGGCGGGUUUGAAGGCUGAAGGGGAGGUCGUCUCGGUCAAUAUGGCAUUUUUGAAGGCUGGCACACCCAGUCCAACUGGUUUUGUCAUGAAUUUGCAGCCAUCUGAAGCAGAAGCUGGGUUUGAUAUUAGGGUCCCCCCAACCGCUGAUCAGGAGUCUUUGGAGAAACGGAUUGCUGAAGAAUGGGCGCCUUCUUCACGGAACAUGACAUUUAGGCUUGGGCAGUUCAAGCAGAAGGUUUCUGUGCUUGAUGAAUCUGGGAGGCCAGUCCUUACAGCAACUGACAGUUCAAACCCCUGGUGGGCCCUGCUAGAAGAAGCGGUCAAAAAAGCUGAUGGAAAACUUGGUAAACCUGAGAUUUUUCCUGCUUCAACAGAUGCUCGCUAUUUCCGGCUACAAGGCUUGCCAGCAAUUGGAUUCUCUCCUAUGGCUAACACUCCUAUUCUGCUCCAUGACCAUAACGAGUUUCUAAACAAAGAUGAAUACUUGAAAGGAAUCAAGAUUUAUGAAUCCAUUAUCAAAUCUUAUUCAUCUUAUGCUGAGCAUGCGACGGCGGGCUUGAGAGAUGAGUUGUAGAGGAGAAACAUGGUUGAAUCCUUUUUGCAAGAGGACAGCAUAGCGUUUUUGCUCUGUUGUAAUAUAUUUGGAGAUCAGAGAUGUUGUGUAAUACUGUAACAAUAAGAGGUGUGUAAUACUGUAACAAUAAGAGGGAAGCUGGGGGUUCACCUUUAACUAUGCACACGAUCUUUUUAUUGUAAGCUGGUUGGUGUUUUGGUAAAUAGACAUGGUUUUAGUAUAUAGAUUGAUCCCUCAUGGAAUUUCAGUU